UUUCCGUUUAUACAGCAAGCAUAAGAAAAAAAGAGAUCUGAUUCGAUUUGGCUGGAAAUCUCGAAAAUCGAAUAUAUUAUUAAAUAAUUCGAAAAAAUAUAAUACCGCUCAUAAUUUCGUGUCUCAUGAUUAUCUGCAAGAAACAAUUUAUUGCCGAGGGCCCUCUUGCAGAGGGCGCAUUGAGUCUUGAAAGUUGGGACUUGUCAAGACUUGUAUUUUAUUUGUUGUAAAGCGGUUUAGAGUAACAUAAUCGAGUUUGAACACGCUUACUUGCUUUAUUUCUCAUUGUUUUUUUUCUGUAAGGGAUAUGUUAAAAAUCGAAUUGAGUGAAUUGCAAAAAACACACUUAUAAUUCUUUAUUUUCAACAAAAAUUUCCAUAUGUUAAACAUCUUUCCAUCGGAAUAUUUACUAUAAAAAUGUCUAUAUAAUUCACGAAUUUUCGAAGCGUUUAUAUAAUAAUGUAAUACUGCGUUUUCUCUUGAAAAAACAUUUAUUUCUCGAAAUUAAUAUCGAUUAUGUUGAAAAGUGAUCGCUGUCAAUUUAUCGGAUUUAUCCCUGGAGUGCAUAGAUCGAAGAAAAUCCUGCAGAAAUGGAAUUGCAAAACCUGGAAACUUCAACCCAUCCAGAGACGAUGGGAUUUGAUUUGUCAACUGGAAACACCUGGAUAUAUCCAGAAAAUUAUCCGAUCCGCCAGUACCAAUAUAAUAUAGUUAAAUCUGCAUUAUUUCAUAACACUUUGGUCUGUUUACCUACUGGUUUGGGAAAGACUUUCAUUGCUGCUGUUGUGAUGUAUAAUUUCUGGAGAUGGUAUCCAUUUGGGAAGAUUAUAUUCCUAGCACCAACCAAGCCUCUGGUUGCCCAGCAAAUCAAUGCAUGCUACGAAGUAAUGGGAAUUCAAAACAUUGACAUGAUCGAACUCACAGGUGCUGUUAAUCAAAAGAAUCGUAAAAUAGCUUGGAUUAAGAAAAGAAUAAUAUUUGCCACUCCGCAGGUAUUUCAUAAUGAUCUUGAGAAGUUGAUUGUACCUAGCCAUUUAAUCAAAUGUGUUGUCAUAGAUGAAGCUCAUAAGGCUUUGGGCAAACAUUCGUAUUCCGAGUGUAUCAAAAUACUAUCCACACAGAAUCAAUAUUUUAGAAUAUUGGCGCUUUCUGCUACGCCUGGAAAUAAAAUAGAUAAUGUUCAUGAAGUAAUACAGAAUUUACAUAUCUCCCAUUUGGAGCUGAGAGAGGAGAAUUCAAUUGAUAUAAUGCCAUAUAUUAAUAAAAGAAAAGUAGAUAUUAUUUUGGUACCCCUUAGUGAUGAAUUAGCUGCAUUCAAAGAAAGAUACAUUAUUAUCAUGGAUCGCCACGUUAGAUUUCUUAUGCAAUAUAAUGUAUUGCGAGGUCAUACUGCAAACAUAUCUAAAGGAAGGAUAUUCCACUUGAUGAGAGAAUUCAAAACGAAAACGGAUAAGUCUGGUAAUUAUGGACAAAUUAUGAAGACAUUGACUAUAUUGUUUACUAUGUAUCACGCCUACGAACUCAUGAUUAGACAUGGAUUGCGUGCCUUCUGUAAAUUUUACGCAACGCACUCUGAUAAAUUUUGGAUGAAUAGCGAAGAUCAAUUACAAAAUUUACUUCGUGAUAUAGAAAUUUAUCUCGGACCAUUCCCAGAAGUGUAUCCCAAUGGAGAUGUAUCUGAGAUACCGACGGACAUAAUAUUUGGACAUAAUAAGUUUCAUAAAUUAAAAGAAUUACUUGAACAUCAUUUUAAUAGCAACAAUGAUGAUCGAAAGGAUACGAGAGCUAUAGUUUUUGUCGAAUACAGAGACAUAGUCAAUGAGGUGUAUAUUUUGCUUAUGCAAUCAAAACCUAUAAUUAGGCCACAAAUGUUUGUUGGCCAAGCUGGUCAAAAACAGAAGCAACAAAUAAAAGCAUUAGAAGAUUUUCGAAACAAUCGCGUGAAUGUGUUGAUUUCAACAAGUAUAGGUGAAGAAGGAUUGGACGUAGGGGAAGUAGAUCUAAUAAUAUGCUUUGAUGUAUCGCAGCAUUCCCCAAUAAGACUUGUUCAAAGAAUGGGCAGAACAGGACGCAAACGAGACGGUCAUAUAAUCGUUCUCGUUACGGACGGAAAAGAACACGAGAAUUUGAAAUCUACGCUUUCGAGAAGAGACUCAUUGAACAACAAAAUAUUAAAUACAAGCAAUAUAUUUUCUUCCUUAUAUGAGAAUGAUCCUCGAAUGAUACCAAAUCAAUUUACCCCAGAGUGUCAUAAGAUACAUAUUAUAGUAUCACCAAAAACACCAAAUGUAAAGAACAAGAAGAAGAAAGAUAUUAAUAAAAAGAAACAAAUAUCUAGAAUGAAACAAAAAGAAAAUUUAUCUAAAAAAGAAAAUACUGGUCAAUCGUCGAUGAUGAAGUUUCUUACGGAUAACAAACAUAAUGAACAAAACCAGACUAAUGCAUACAAUAUUUUUAUUCAAUUAACAACGCAAAAUAGUAACAAAUAUAAUACAAUAAAUCCUAAUAAUGUCAAAUUAUUAACUGAUGAUAACAUGGGGAUCGAGUUUCUGACAUUAUGUGCAAUGAAGAAAUCGGAAGCAGAAAUAUAUUCUGAAGCUGUGCCAAAAGUGGAUACAACUUAUAUUCCUGCAUCAAAAUCGAUUAAAGAUUUAUUUAAUUUUGUAGUACCUGAUAUAGAAAUUCUUAACGAUUUAUCUUUCUUGACGGAAAACAAUGAAGAUAAUUUAUCAACACAUUGUAAAAGCAAUGAAGAUGAGAAUAUUAUUGAUAGUAAUGAUUAUCUUAAUAUUGAAAAUUUUGAUGAUAAUUUCUGGUGCUCUAUUCGAAAUGAGGAGAAUAUUGAUAACAAAGAAGUAAGAUUCGAAGAUAUACUUGAUGAGAGUUCUGAUUCAAAUGAUACAGCAAUUUUAGAUUUAAACCAACGAAUUGAAAAUAUAGAGAUAGAUUUAAUUAAUACAAAUAGAUCUCCUGUAGUUGUUGAUAUGAAAGAGGAUGAUAAAAUUAUAACAGAUACAAGAACAGAAUUAUCAACUAAUGUGUUAGAAGAUUUGGAACCUAGCAUAUUCGAAAACAUAUUGAAUGAAUCAUUUAGUUCAGUUGAAGAUGAUUCAGAAAAUAAGGCUGAUAUAGAACAGCAAAAGAUAUCUCUAAAUUCUUUGAAUGCUUCCGCUAAUGAUACAAGAGAAAUCAAUGAAAAACAUAAAACUGACAUUAAUAUUUUUCAUGAUGAAAGUAAUAUUGCCAAAAAUAAUCAAAAUCUAUCAGCCUUUAUGAAAUUUGAUAAACCUCAUCAAAAAGGUCAACUUGCAAGUUUUUUAGACGAAAUACAAGAUCUUAAUUUUAAUAGCGACGAUGAUAUAAAUGAAUUUAUUAAGUGUGAUAUUAAUAAUACUGAGAAGAAUAAGUCAUUAUGCAAUUCUAAAACAGAAGAGAGUUUGUUAUCUAUAACUCAAGCUAUCAGUGAAAUAGCACAAACGAAAAAAAAUGUGGGAAUAUCAAGGAGAUUUUCUGUAAAUAAAAAGAAAUCGACUGACGAAGAAAGCUGUGGUUGGAUUUCAGUCAAUAUUAAAAAUGAUAUUAAAGCUAAGAAAAAUGAUACGGAUUCGAGGACAAAUAUGUUAUCAAAUAUUCAUUGUAAUUCUAUUGCUAAAUCACAUACUAAUAACCAAGAUUUUGAUUUUUUAGAUGAUUCAAACAAAGACUUUAUGAUUAUAAAGGAUAAUACUAAAAAAUUUAACGAGCUUGAAAGCAGUUAUUUUUGCAACUCACCGAAAAAAUCGGAAUAUGAUAACUGCAUGCCUAGUACGUCGAAAAAAUCAGAAAUUGUAGAUAGCUAUUUUGAUAAUACAUCGAAAAAUUUGAAAAUUAAGGACACCUAUUUCGACAAUUCGUUGAAAGAUAUGAAACCGUGUGGUGUGUCUACGCCGAAACACAGACGUUUAAAAUUAUCUUUAAAACGAGAUAAAAUCCAGCAUUCAGAUACGAUAGAUUUAAGUGUUUUUGCAGCGCCUAGUAGAUAUAUGAAUAAUACGGUAAAUAAAAGUACUUUAAAACCUAGCUCCGGUGCGCCGAAACAAAUCUUUCAUUCGAAUGAAAAGGUCGCACAGAAAACCAAGUAUAGGCUCAAUUGUAAAAAUGAGUUUAUAGAUGACGAAGUGGAAGUAGAUUCCGAUGCCAGUUCGGAUGAGAUUAUUACGGAUGAUGAAGAUCUUGGAGAUUUUGUGAGCUAUACACAAAAUCCGCAAGAACAAGUUGACAUGCACGCGCAUUAUUUGCAAACUAUUAAAAGCCCGAUGAAGAGACCAGGUGCCUUUCAUUUCAGAGAUCCGCGACCUAAGUCAGAUAUAGAUAUCUACUCGCAGUUUUCGCCAAGUGAGCAAGACUCGUAUCUUUGUGAUUCAUUUUGCGUUACGGAAGAUGCUGAGCCAAGCAUGCUCGUCCGUAAUGAUUCGUUAUUAGAUGAGAUUGAAAGGAAAUUGGAGCGAAACAGACGAAAACGUCUUUGUUCCGAUAAGAAUACGAAACAUAUAAAAAAAAAGAAGACAAUCUUAAAUCACUCCAUGAGUAGCGAGGAUGAAAUCGAGAAACUGCGUGUGCAAGUACAGGAAGAUUAAUUAUGAGCGUACAAAAAUUGAACUAUACUGUGAUGUGAUGAUAUGAAUAUGUGGAACGCAAUGAGAAAUUGUUUUUAUAUGUACAGAAUGUGAAUAUUUGUUAAAG